AUGGCACAAGUCUCCAUUUUUUGUCUACUUAUCCUGGCAGCCUGUUGCAGCGGGGCAUCCAUUCCUCCUCAGGCUAGAUUGGAGGCCAUUUAUCCCAGAGGGCUCAGAGUGUCCAUACCAGACGAUGCCUACAACUUGUUCGGCUUCCGCGGCAAUCUGAACGAAGAGUUGAACGGCUUAGAGACAAGCAAGUGGUCGAAAGACGUCCACGGACGAACCAACGGCAGAUGGGUGUUCGCCGACAAAAAGGUUCAACUGAAACUGGGCGACACAAUUUAUUACUGGAUAUUUGUUAUGAAAAACGGCGCUUUGUUCCGACAGGAUCCCCAAGAGUGGACGGUGACGGAGUUUGUGAACGAAGAUGGUACACUCGCGAAUGGCCAAAGUACUUUGUCACCGAAGGCGACCUCGCAAAAAGUACCAGAACCCACCAGCGCUGCACCGCCAUGCGAAGCGUCCAGCAGCGCGGUGAUGGGUCGAACCAACAUUUGCCGAGGCGAUCUCAUAUUCAGUGAGGAGUUCGACAAGAACAGCAUCCAGGAAUUGGCGUACUGGGAUCCGGAGGUCAAAUUUCCACAGGAGCCGGAUUAUCCCUUCAAUGUUUACAUGGCAGAAGGAACUCUCCGCCUUGAAAAUGGACGCCUGGUUAUUUCACCUCUGCUCUUGGAAUCGAAAUACCGCGAAGACUUCGUCCACGAACAAUUGGAUUUGACAAACACAUGCACUGGUCUAGUUGGCACGCGAGAGUGCACGCAGGUCGCCUCGGGCGCCCAAAUCCUCCCGCCCGUGAUAACCGGCAAAAUAACAACCAGAAAUAAGUUCAACUUCAAAUACGGGAGAGUCGAGGUCCGUGCCAAGUUGCCGCGCGGGAGUUGGCUGACGCCAGAAAUUACGUUGGAGCCCCGGGAAAGUGUUUACGGGAAACUGCGCUUUGAUUCCGGCCUGAUAAGGGUCGCUUUCGCUAAAGGGAACGAUGUUUUCGCCAUGAAGCUGUACGGAGGUCCCGUGCUAUUCGACAAGGACCCCUACCGUUCUCAGUUCUUGAGAGAGAAAGUCGGAGUUGAAAUAUGGAACAAAGAGUUUCACAAUUACACUAUGCUCUGGAAACCAGACGGUAUGGAGUUUUUCGUUGACGGUGAAUUGUACGGAACAAUUGAUCCUGGUGAAGGGUUUUACUCACAGUUGACGGAGCGCGGUGCAACGAAUGCGAAGCAUUGGGUGGGAACGACGCGAAUGGCGCCCUUGGAUGAAAUGUUUUACGUUGCCCUUGGCCUUCGAGUGGGUGGUAUCAACGACUUCGCCGAUGAACCAUAUAAACCGUGGAGGAAUAUGAACCGCAAAGCAACCAUCAACUUCUGGAAUUCCAAAGAGGAAUGGUUCCCCACUUGGCGCGAGGCCGAUAUGAAAGUUGACUAUGUCAGAAUAUAUGCCUUG